AUGUACAGGAAACUCCAAAGUCUCACAUCAGAUCUUCCGAUAUGUGAAGACAAUCUUUCCUGUUUUGCUGAUUUACUUAUAAAUCAGUUUGUCUGGAAAUGUGUUACCCCCGAAGAAAUAGAAAAGUGUAAAAACAUAGUUUUAGAUUUGGUAACCAUAGAUGGAAAUGCCAUAAAUUAUCUUCUGAAACGUUUUAUAAGCCAAUUUCGUACAGAUAACCGCGAAUAUUUGAAAGUGGAUAUUUGUUCAAGAACAUUUGAAAGUAUUUUUUUAUUGAAAAAACACAUUAGAGACAUUUUGACUGAAAGCCAGGAUGAUAUAAAUUUACAAGGAGAAAAUUAUGAUCUUUUAUUGGAACUGUUGAAAUAUCAUCCCCGUGGAAUUGAACUGCAUAAAAAUGUGGUGUCUAUUUUUCCAUCCACUCAUAGGAAUCCUAAAUUUAACGGAUUGAGGUGCUUCUUCUACCGUAAUAAAGAUGGAUUUUGCGAAUUUUUUAGCUACGCAAGAUGCUCUGAUAAUGUGAAAACUAGAGGUGAAAUAUUUAGGGAACACAUUUGUAACAUUAUAAUUGAAAUCUAUAAGCUAUCCCCCGUAAUAUUGAGUAUAAUCACAGAUUUGCUUGAAACAUACUUCCCUCAUCAUAAUAUUUCCAUUGAACAUCAUGUAUCUUUUACAAAAGCGAUAUUGUAUAUAGCUAGACAUAUAGAACCAGCGCGUCCAAUAUUUUAUCGGUUAAUUAUUAAUAAGCUUACUAUAAUAGACGCUCAGAUUAAACUAGCUAAUCCAAAUUCUGUCGACGUUGAAAAAACUGAAAGUGUGAUAUCCCAGAAAUUAAAAGAGUACUAUAACAAACUCAAUAAAGGUGAUGGUAAUUUUCAGGAAAUUAAUGAAAAACUUAGGAAUCCAAAUUGGUUCAAAGAUAUGUAUGAAAAACUACGGACCGAAGAAGAUACUGAUGACAUGUCUCAAAAAUUGGAUGUUCUUAUGGGCAUAAUGUUUGAGGAACUACAAGUAAUAUUAAAAGCGAAUAUAGACAAACCUGCAUCAUUAACAUCUAGGAGUAUGGAAUCUUCCAGCAACUGCGAUGACAGCUGUAGUAGUGAAAGCGAUUUUGAUGACCUUACCGAUAGAAAUCUCUCUACACCAAGAUCCUGCAAUAUUAAAAAUGAAUUCGUAAAAUCUGAGGUUAAUACAAACAGUUCUAGUUCAAUUAGAGGAGCAAUUUAUAAGUCUAGUAUCAUCAAGGCUGAUUCUGAUGUAAAACAUGUUAAAAAUGAAAUUUUUGAAAAUGGUGCGGAUAUAAGAUCCUGUACAAGUAGUUCUAGUUCCAGUUCUGUUAAAUAUUCAGUUUCUGAUAUCAUAGUUAUUGAACUUAUUGAUACAUUUGAAGAUAUAAUUUUGCCAACUUACAAUUGCAAGUAUGUACAAUUUCUUUAUUUUUUUAUAUUUUCAUUCAACGCACAAUGGUUUAAAACAUUUUUGGAGCGUUUGUUUACAAUAGUAUUCGAUAACAAUCAGCAUGUUGUGAAGAGAAGAACAGCCGCAUCAUAUAUUUCAUCAUUGAUAUGCAGAUCAAAGUAUGUAAACCCUAAAUUUGUUUGCGGUACAGUUAAUUAUUUUUUUGCACUACUUUCUCUCUUUGAUCAUUUAUUGCUAAAAUCUUAUGAUUCCUCUAGUUCUGUGAAAAGUGAUUCGAUAGCAGGAAGCUCAGUUGGCGAUUUAUCUUCUAGGCGCAAAAAUAAGUAUGGAGAUUACGGUGUUAAAUCAUCUUCAAAGCUGAGCUUAUUUUACUCAAUCUUCCAGAAUAUACUCUACAUUUAUUGUUACCAUGCAGAUAUUCUGGCUGUUUCGCCAUCUUGUUUAUCUUUCGUACAAAAUUCUGAGAAGGGCUUAAUCGCUUAUUUAGAUUCUUCACUCUCUCCGUUAAUGUAUUGUAAAGAAUCUAUCAUAACAGAGGCGAUAAAUGCUACCAAAAACUUCCCAAAUCUUACAAAACUGCAUGAUUGCUUGAUGAAUUUUAAGAAGUUAGCUAUUUCAUCAUUGGAAUACGAAGAUAUAAAUUGGCUCUAUUACAGCCCUAUAAAUGCAUUUUUCCCUUUCGACCCUUACCUUUUGCACCAUUCCAGUUACUAUAUUCGUGAUAAGUAUAGGCACAAGUUAGUGAACGAAAGUAGUGACUUGCCUAGGGACUCGGUCAAGUGUGAGGUGGAUAUAAAGAUAAAGAAGGAAAUAGUGGAAUCACCUGUUUGUGAUCAGGGUAAUGAUGUAUAUUCCACAAACAGCACUCAACCGACUGAAUCGUAUCAUGUUCCAACGCAAUCUCUGGUCAAUAAGGUCGUAGAUGCUAUAAAGGAUGAUCGUGAAAUCGUUGGUGAUGAACUGAAAAAUGUUAACAAACAAGUUGAUGAUUCCAUUGGAUUCACAUCGAUUCCAAGAGUAAUUAAGGCACGCUUGGAUCAGGAUAAAAGAGCUUUAGCAACAAAUACAAUAUCGGAAAUCGAAGCGGAUUAUGAUUUUUGGGGCUAUGAUGUAAAACACAACUUUCAAAUUGAUGACCCAAAGAGUUUGAAAAAGACAAAGAGGAAAAGAAUUGGAUCAACUGAAGGCUUUAAAAAGGAAGAACACAUUUUAACAAAUUUUGAAAAUCCAGAUUUAAAUAACAGAACCCAACACAUAAUUUUAGGUAUAGAUCAGUUGGAUGAUUUUGAGCUGUCGCUUUCGAGUUCAAUAUUUUUAAAACCGAGAAAAAAUAAUCGCUCAAGUAUGUUAGACCUACUUACUUCUUCUGCAGCUUACAAGUCUGCAUUUGUGAACUCGGAAAAGGCAAAAAAAAGUAAGAAUAACAGAAACAAAUCUUGA